UGGCCGAGACGUGGGUGAGGGGUCGUUGGCGCGGGAGUGGGGGUGAGGAGGGGAGUACGCAGGGCCGACGACGCUGGAGUAGCAGGGGGGUAGCAACAUGGCUGUCGGUCAGUCGGUAUCGAACCGCCGGGUUACGCGAAGCUCCUACGACUCUCGCCGUAGGAACGCCGCCGCUCCGGGACGAGAUUUGGAAUCUCGUGAGCGUGAAGGACGACUUCUCACCGAUGGCAUCGGCUCCCCGACCUUACGCACCCGUCGAGGUCGGCAGCACGUUUAUUUCCCUUGAAAAACGGUCCUACCGGUUCGGUACGUGCAGUACCCGGUAAUUCAAGCCAGGAUCGAACCCAAUUUCAAGGUAAUUUUAAAGUACGGCAAAAAGAAGCAAUCGUUUAUAAAUUGUUUGUGAGGAACCGUUUAAGUGAAAAUGGAUUCUGGUGUGGGACAAAGCAAAAAGCAAAUUCGUGUAGGAUUCUAUGACAUUGAAGGCACCAUUGGCAAAGGGAACUUUGCAGUGGUGAAAUUAGCUAGACAUCGCAUCACUAAGACAGAAGUAGCUAUUAAAAUAAUUGAUAAAACACAGCUGGAUCCUACCAAUCUUGAAAAAGUUUAUAGAGAAGUAGAAAUAAUGAAGCAAUUAGAACACCCACAUAUCGUCAAAUUGUACCAAGUUAUGGAAACAAAAAAUAUGAUAUACAUGGUCUGUGAAUACGCAAGCAAAGGUGAAAUAUUUGACUAUAUCGCACGUUACGGACGAAUGGGAGAACCCAGAGCUCGUGCAACGUUUGCUCAAAUACUCUCUGCGGUUGAAUACUGCCAUGCGACAGGUGUAGCGCAUCGUGAUCUCAAAGCUGAAAAUUUACUCCUAGAUGCUCAGAUGAAUGUAAAGAUUGCUGACUUUGGCUUUAGUAAUAGAUUUUCACCUGGAGAGAGGCUAAGCACGUGGUGCGGUAGUCCCCCUUACGCGGCACCGGAAGUUUUCCGAGGGAAACAUUAUGCUGGUCCUGAAAUUGAUGUGUGGAGUUUAGGCGUUGUAUUAUACGUAUUAGUAUGCGGAGCACUGCCCUUUGAUGGAUCUACCCUUCAAUCUUUAAGAGAUCGUGUUUUAAGCGGAAGAUUUAGGAUUCCAUACUUUAUGAGUACAGAUUGUGAGAGUUUAAUACGGAAAAUGUUGGUUCUGGAGCCUGCAAAGCGAUACACCAUUCCACAAAUUAAGAGACAUCGCUGGAUGGCAGGGUCUGCGGACACUAUUUGUUCAAUAAUCGUAACGAGACCAUCGCCGUCCAUCCAAGAACCAAAUGAACAGAUACUUCGACUUAUGCAUAGCUUAGGCAUAGAUAUCACACGAACCAGAGAGUCGUUGAGGAACAGCAGUUACGAUCAUCACGCUGCUAUUUACUUCUUGUUAUUGGAGAGGUUGAAGCAACAUCGUGUCGGAAGCACAGCGAACAAUAGUUGUUGGCCUAGCGUUGCAAGAUCGAAAGAAGACAAAUUUAAAUCAAGAGUAAGAGAAGAUACACCUCGAGGAGGAAAAAGGUUUAGUUCAACUAGUUCUUCGACUGAUGAAGGAUGCUGUAGCGCGGAAGGUGAUCUAGAAGAAGGUCCAAGUGGUGACGAGUUGAGAGAAGCUCAGAUUAAACUUGAAGAGCAUAGACUAGGCCUAGAUCAUGAUAUCAGUCAACGAAUUGACAGUCAGAUAGUCAAUCGAAGAUUAAGUGAUUAUCAACACCAUUUUGAUACCCCACUUAUGGAUCCUAUUGAUCCUCCUAGUCGAACUGCAUUAUUUAUUGCGGGUGGUAGCGGUAGCUCAUCAUCCGAACUUUUCGAGUCUAGUUUUGACUCUGGUUGCCCACCAGAUUACUCGGGUGCAAAUUCGUUCACAAGUAGUUUACCAUCCUGCACCCCUCCACCACCUCUGAGUCCGUCACCAAUAACUGGCAGGAUAUCAAGAGUUUCUCAGGGACGUAGAGCAUCCGAUGGUGGACCCAGAUUGCUGUUUUGUCAGCAAGGUGGAGGAGACAGACCAACCAAACAGCGAAGUAUUCAAGAUUCAGGCAAGGCAAGGGGUCAUUUAGACCUUGUUCAUUUAAGACCACCAUCUACACCACCUGAGAAUCAAUCGCAAUUUAAAAUUCGUGGAGACUCUAGUACACAAUUACAAUUGUUAGUGCAGCAACGAAUGCUGCAACAGAAGCGAAAUUUAUAUCAUAGACAUAGGGGUGGUGGAAGCCCAACUCCUAUACCAUCGUCAGCGAGUACCACGGGUAGACGCGCCGAUCAUGUACCAAGACAAGAUAGUUAUAAACUAGCUCAGAGAACACAAAUCUUGCCACCUUUAUCUCAGGGACACGUUGACAGAGACUUUGACAGAGAAAGAAAACGAGACGAAGAAAGAUGGAAAAGCCUGCCAUCCCGACUAGCAGCAGAUUGUCAGUUGGCAGAAAGGACAUUGCUGUGGAGUCAACAGGUGGGUCUCAGUGGAGGAGCAUCAUAUUUGCCACCUGGCAGUGUAGGUGGCUUUUUAUGGCCCACUGGAAGCAACCCUCACUCAACCAUCUUCGAAAACGUUGGGGAUCCAAUGGAAUGAACAUCUAGCCUGUUAUACUUUUAGUAUUGAAUUGGAGAUUUUGAGUCUGAAAGACUAGAUACGACGCACGAAAUACAAUAAACAGUAUUGCCUAGUCUUUCCAUAUCAGUAUUUUUAUUUAUAUAAUUACAUAUUUUAUCAUAUCUAUUUUCUAAGUAUCCAAGAACAACUUUAUGUAAAUUUGUUUGUAGAACUGUUUCCUUGGCGAUACUCUAGCUUUCAUACGCAAAAUCUUUGAUUAGACGGGAGGCACGUGUUACUAAAUGUCAAAGAUUUAUUAUCGUUGAACAAUUUUUUUUCCGAAACUGUCUACUCCAAACAUCGAAUUUUAUCAUCUCUAUUUAUAUAUAUUCAUGUGUAUCAUUCAUAGAAAAAUUAUAAACCUCGCGUACAUAAAAUGAACUUACAAUAUCGUUAAAAUCUUUGUCAUGUAGUAGCAUAUACGCCUACCUCAUUGACUGACUGAUUUUAUCGGUCAAAUAUCCAAUUAUAUCAUAGACUGAUAAUUAACAAAAGGAAACACCAACCAAGUUUAUAUUAAUAAGUAAGUGGCAUAUGUCUUGCUUUACAAUGACUACGUUUAAUUGGAAGUGCAACUCGUACAGUUGCACGUAUUUUUAAUGAUAAUAAACAAAGAGUGCUUUUGAUGUGCUUCCCGAAUAUAUGUAUAUUAAUCGAUAUAAUCAAAGAAUAAAAUUCUCUAAGUUAAUUUACCAGUUCUACAACUUCCAUUCAAAACAAACGAAUUAACGAAACGUUUAAAACGGAAUAAAAUUUAGAGAGUAUAUCGUCGCAGAGUGAGAAAAGUAUCGGUGUUCAAAUUAAGGACAAGUAAUUAUAAAUACAUAUGUUAUAGCAUAAGGGAUAGAAUCGCAAUAAUCUUCACUUCGUAGAAACGACUGAAAUAACGUUUAUUUGGGACUAGAUGCAAGAACUAUGCCACUUAUGCUUUACUAUGCAAUUAAUUGAAGAGUGGAGUUAAUAAAUGGAACAAAUUACAUUGAAAUUUUUCAUUAUACAUUUUUAUCGAUAAUCAUUCCAAUAACGUUGUACAAAAAUAGAUGUUUUAUCAUUCCACUCUUCAUUACGAUGGUUAUAGCAGGAUAGGAAUUAAUAAAAAAAAAAGAAAUAAAAACAAUAAUAAAUAGCGAUAAAUAGUAGCUGCUGUUUAAAAAGUAACAAAGUGCUGCAUUCUGUAAAGAUGUUUAAAUAAAAUUGUUAUAUACACUGUCUUGAAUGAAAAGUAAUGAUUGUUUACAUUUUAAAUUAUACAUUUUGUAUGCGUCUUGAUUUCUUUACAAAUGAAUGCAAGCUGCAUUAAUAGUCACUGGUAAAUAUUGCCACGCAUAAAUGUUAGUACAAAGUUAUCAUUUUACUCGAAACGAAAAAAAAACUAAGCAAUUCUGCUUUUACGAGCUUCUCGCACGAGUACAAUUAAAGUGAAAAUAAAACGAAUCAAUAAUAAGGAAAUAUUUGUACAUUUUGAUACGAAUACAGCACUUUUCAAGGCAAAUACGUAUUAGAUUCUGGUAGUCUAGUCAGUAGGAAGCAAUACCGGCCGCGCACAACUGACAACGACUUUAAUAUUCAAAUUUUCCGCCAUUUUUUACCCAACAAAAAACAAUCAAACUUCGCUCAAAAAGUUUUUUGAUAAGUAAAAAAAAAAGAUAGCUGUUAAGUUAGCGUAACCAUACGAGAUCUUGUUCUGGCAUAUUGUUCUCAAAAAGACAUUCAAAAAAAAAAAAGAAACAUGUGAACAAAACCCUCAGGAAUUGAAAAUCAGUUUUGGCAUUGUUAAGUAUUUACAUCUACGUAUGUCUUUUCUGGAAUGAUAGUCCUCGAAGUUGCAUGAAAUAGAUUAUUAUUUACGAAUAUGUACUAUUGAUUUACUAGUAAGGAUAUUUAUUUUGUCAGUGUACAAAUAAAUUCUGCAAAACAUA